CAUACCACACUCAAACUCGCAUCCUGUGGAGUUUUUACAUAGAAGUCGUCACUUAUUGCGCCGUGGUGGAUGGGCAGGGGCUCGUGUCGAACACUCGAACAGAACCACCGCCAUUCUAGAGGCAUCCAGUAUUCCAGCCCAAUCCUAUCUUUGUAUUCCUCUCCCUCGUCUCGGAAGUCUGGUUCGCCGAACAGUCCCGAACCCCCGAUUCACUGCCGCUGCCCCGUCUCGUCCUCUUCGCCAGCGAAAACCCUAGUCUAGGGGACGGGAGCGCAAUCCACGCACGGCAACAUGGACGCCAUCCGCAAGCAGCUCGACCAGCUCAUGGGGGCCAACCGCAACGGCGAUGUACGGGAGGUCAGCCGCAAGUACUAUGAUCGCGACGUCUGCCGCCUCUACCUCGCCGGCCUCUGCCCCCACGACCUCUUCCAGCUUACCAAGAUGGACAUGGGCCCGUGCCCGAAGCUGCACUCGCUGCAACUGCGCAAAGAAUAUGAAGAAGCCAAAGCCAAAGGUACUGAUAACUAUGACCGUGAAUUGGAAGAAACCAUUGAAAGACUAAUUGUUGAGUGUGAAAGGAAGAUUCAGAGAGCCCUUAAGCGGUUGGAGGAAGAGGAUGCUAAGGCAGCUAUUGCUAUUUCUGUUACUGAGGUUACACAGACUAAAGAAGUAAUGGAGUUAUCCAAACAAAUUAGGCAGAAGAUGAAGGAUAUUGAUGCUUUUGAUCUUGAGGGUAACACCGAGGGGAAAAUUCGGGCCACUGAAGAACUUGACAAGCUAAAAGAACAAAGGGCAGAAGAGCAGGCAAAGAUGUUACUUGAAGCUUUCAACAAAGACCGUGCUUCUUUAAUAAACUCUCUUCAAAAUGCCACUCAAACAACUACACCUGUCCCCCCUGCUGCUCCGGAUGCACGGACACAAGAAAUGAUAAACGAGAAACUGAAAAAGGCAGAAGAACUAGGUGAGAAUGGGAUGGUUGAUGAAGCCCAAAAAUUGUUGGAUGAGGCGGAAGCUCUGAAGAAGGCUGUUCCAGACUCUACAAAAAUGAGCGCUCAUGUCCAGAUAACUGACCAAAAGCUGCGCCUGUGUGACAUAUGUGGAGCAUUCUUGAGCGUAUAUGACAGUGACCGUCGCUUGGCAGAUCAUUUUGGAGGGAAACUUCAUAUGGGUUAUAUGCUUAUACGUGAGAGAUUGUCUGAACUGCAGGAAGAGAAGAACAAAAAACGGAAGCUAGACCGAGCUGAGUAUGACAGAAGGUCCAGGGAAAGGAGCGGGGAACGUGCCAGGGAUUCGAGCAGGGAUCGCUACAUAGACCGCAGCAGCAGCCGUGACAGGGAGUAUGACCGCAGAAGAAGCCAUGAUCGCUACCAUGACAGGGAAAGAGAGAGAGAUUCCAGGCAGUCUCGUAGUUAUGAUUCCAGAAGCCACCGCAGGUCAUAUUCACCAAGGGGAAGUUCUAGGGAUUAUGAUCGAUCUGGGCGUCAUGAACGCCGUGAUCGGUACUAGGAGCAAGGAAGCCUCCUUGAAAUUUAGGGUACUAGAUUGCGUUGCCUCAGGGCUAGUUUGGCCACCUCAUUUUUCCAAGGAUUGACAACCUUAUUUUUUUAAGGGAUUUCUAUUUUCCUAAGAAAAAUUAGUUCAUUUUCCCCUGGGAGGGAAUACCUUGGGGAAAUGGAGGUGCCAAACUAGCCUAAGUGUUGUUCGGGAAUUCUAAGAGGGGGCUUAGGUCCAACUGGAGAAAGGCAUCAGCUCUUUGCAUUAUAACUAAGGGAUAGGAUCUGACGUAAUCUAUGCGUAUCAUAUUGUUGUGUUAGCUGGUGUUCAUCGUGUAAACACAAUGUGGUGGCGACGUGUCAUGCUUUAAUACGCUUAUAUGCAUUUGAAUUAAGUUAAUCUGCCCUUGCCAUGUG